AUUCAAUGUUAUGGUUUAACGUCAACAUGUCUGCCUCCUUAGUGCGAGCCACUGUCCGAGCUGUGAAUAAAAGAAAAAUAUUACCCACAAGAGCCGCUCUCACGCUGACUCCAUCAGCUGUGAGCAAAAUCAGGACGUUGUUGCGGGACAAACCAGAAUAUAUUGGGUUGAAGGUUGGCGUGAGAACACGCGGCUGUAAUGGACUGACCUACACACUAGAAUACACAAAGGAGAAAGAAAAAUCAGACGAGGAGGUGCUACAGGACGGUGUGAGAGUGUUUAUUGAAAAGAAGGCUCAGCUCACCCUCCUGGGAACUGAGAUGGACUUUGUGGAGUCAAAGCUGUCCAGUGAAUUUGUCUUCAACAAUCCUAACAUCAAGGGCACAUGUGGCUGUGGAGAAAGCUUCAGCAUAUGAUAAUUAAUGACCCUUCGUUUGCUCCAAACCCCGUCUCUAUAAAAUCAGAGGGACAGCUGACGAGGAAGGUGGACGUGAAGAAAUGUUUGACACGUGGACACCCGUGACGUCCUGCCGCUGCUCCUCCUGCAGCCCGCUCAGAGAAGCCCAGCUAGGCAUUUUCAUGCUCACUGGGGAUGUUUCAUAGUUUGUAGUCAAAACCAGAAAUUAUUUUAUGUUCCAGGUUUUUUAUUUUUUAUUUUAAUGGCAAUUUUCAGCUCUAUUAAAACAAACAUUAGGACCUCAGAAGCAUUUUUUUUUUUUAGUUAACAGAGUGGACACAAUUAAUUACAUCACAUAAUUUCUCAUGUCAGUCAAAUCUCAAUAUGUCAUGUAUGCAGGAGGAAAAUAAAACAAAGUAGAGAGAUAUUCACGAAGUUGUGAGCUUGAAAGUUAAGUUGGUCAAACUAAGAGGAAGAAGCAUACUGGUAAUAAAAAUUAACCUGUUAACUCAAUCAGGAGGUUGAUGAACUCUGUGUUGCAGUGUUCAAUCCUCCAGCUUCAUUCUCCAGCAGGAAGGAGAAACUGGAGGAGUUUGAGUGUCUUGAAGCCAUUUUAUCAGUUUGAAAGCUGAUAUUAAUGUGUAUGUAUACAUAAAGUGUAACAAUCUUGAACAGCUCAUACGCACAAAGAAAAAUAACGCACAAAACACAAACCCCUCAUUUAAGAGUACACAAGUUCUGUGGUUUUCUUUUUGCUUGAUUAAAACCAGGAUUGUAUAGAUUUGAGUGCUCUUAAUCAUUUUUUUUAAACCUGUGCAAUAUAUCUGU